AUGCCUGCUCCAAACACUCCCCAGGAUAUGGUCCUGCCUCCCUCGCCCGUCGAUACGAGCCGUUGGUGGAGAUUCCGCAACUUGCGGACUCUGAACUUGCUCAUGGUCAUUCCACUGCUGUCCAUUUUCUCCCAGGGAUUCGAUGGGUCGAUGAUGAACGGGCUCCAGUCUGUCUCGCAUUGGCAGACUUACUUCGGGACGCCUACCGGUGCUCUCCUGGGCUUCUUCAACGCAGCCUACCCGCUGGGUGGAAUCCUAGGCACCUUUCUUAUCUCACCCACGGCUGAUAUCUUUGGACGACGAAUUGGUCUUGCGAGUGGAGCUGCUCUUUGCUGCGUUGGAGCCGCUGUUCAGGGCGCGGCAAUCAACAUCGCAAUGUUCAUCAUCUCCCGCAUCAUCAUUGGUGCAGGCAGCGUCAUCGUUGCCGGAGCCGGUGCCCCCUACAUCACUGAGAUCGCCCAUCCAGCCCAGAGAAGUACAGCUACAGCUCUCUUCCUCACUUUCUACUCUGUCGGCUCCAUCAUUGCGGGCUGGUGCACCUUUGGAACCUUUCGCAUCGACAGCACGGCGUCUUGGCGAAUUCCGUCAGCCUUGCAAGGCCUCCCGUCUAUCAUCCAGCUUUUCUUUGUCUGGUUUCUUCCCGAAUCGCCCAGAUGGCUUGUCAGCAAAGGCCGCAACGAAGAAGCGCUGCAGAUGCUUGCCAAGUACCACGGCGAGGGUGAUGCAUCCGACCCCGUUGUACAGUAUGAGUACACCGAGAUUCUAGAGACGCUCGGUGCCGAAGCAUCCCAUCAAGACAAUAUGUUCGCCUUCUUGAAAGAUCUGGGAAGCACUGCCGGCAACCGCAAGCGUAUGUUUAUCAUGGUCUGGGCAGCAAUCUGCUCGCAGAUGUCGGGCAACGCAUUUGUCUCCUACUACCUUUCGCCUAUCCUGCACUCUGUCGGGCUCAAAUCAGACCUCCAGCAGACCUUGAUCAACGCUACCAACCAGAUGCUGUCUUGGUUUUCUGCCAUCUACUUCGCAACAUUGCCGGCCAAGGUUGGCCGCCGCAAGCUUUUCUUGUGGUCUCUGACCGCUAUCUGGAUCAUCGACAUAUGCAUCACCGCAGGCAGCGCUAUGUUUGCCAAGGAUAACAACAAUAAGGCUGCCGCCUAUACCGUGGUCGCGUUCCUUUACCUCUUUUCACCGGCUUAUAAUCUCGGCUUCAACGGCAACCUCGGACUCUAUAUACCUGAAAUCCUUCCUUAUCGUCUACGAACCAAGGGAUUGUCGUUCUUCUAUUUUGUCCAGUUCUGCUUCAUGAUGCUUUCCACCUUCACAGUGCCCAUCGGACUGGAGGACAUCUCCUGGCGCUUCUACAUCAUCUUCGUUGGGUGGGUCAUGAUCGAAUUCGCCGGGGUCUAUUUCGUGUUCCCGGAGACCAAGGGUCCGUCGUUGGAGGAGAUUGCCUUUAUCUUUGAUGGUCCAGGUGGCGUUGUUGGGAAUGUUGCAGAUGUCAUGGUUGAGGGCAAGGGCGCUCGCUUUGUCGAGCAUGCACAUGGUAAAGAAUCAGUCUAA